AUGUCUGAACCAAAACCUUUGCCAUUUAUUUACCAAUUUGUAUCUGGUGCUAUUGCUGGGGUUUCUGAAAUCCUUGUUAUGUACCCCUUGGAUGUGGUUAAAACAAGACAGCAAUUGGCCACUACAAAUGACUACAACGGUACUAUAAAUUGUUUGCAAAAAAUUAUCCGUGAAGAAGGGUUUUCACGUUUAUACAAAGGUAUUUCAGCUCCAAUUUUGAUGGAAGCACCAAAAAGAGCCACUAAGUUUGCUGCCAAUGACGAAUGGGGUAAAUUCUACAGAAACUAUUUCGGGGUUACCAAAAUGAAUCAACCUUUAGCUAUUUUGACUGGUGCCACUGCUGGUGCAACAGAAUCGUUUGUGGUUGUUCCUUUCGAAUUGAUCAAGAUCAGAUUACAAGACAAGACGACAAAAUUCAAUGGUAUGGGGGAAGUGGUCAAAGAUAUUGUUCAGAAAAAUGGUGUAUUGGGAUUGUAUAAAGGAUUGGAAUCCACUUUGUGGAGACAUAUCUGGUGGAAUGCAGGUUAUUUUGGAUGUAUCCACCAAGUGAGAUCAUUGAUGCCAAAACCAAAAGAUUCUACUCAAAAGACUUUAAUUGAUUUGACUUGUGGUACCGUUGGUGGGACUUUUGGUACAAUUUUGAACACUCCAUUUGAUGUUGUCAAAUCAAGAAUCCAAGCAGGCUCGACCCAAUACAGAUGGACAUACCCUUCCGUUUUGAAAGUUGCCAGAGAAGAAGGGUUUGGUGCAUUAUACAAAGGUUUCAUUCCAAAAGUUUUGAGAUUAGGUCCAGGAGGAGGUAUUUUAUUAGUGGUAUUCACCGCUUGUAUGGACUUUUUCAGACAAUACCAUGAGAAGUAG